CGGCUCGCCUCCCACUCCUCCCUUCCCAGUUUCGCCUCCCCCGAUCUGUCUUCUACACCCCUCCAUCGUGCUUCGCCUCCCCAGAGAGCGUUGAACUUUGCGCCAUGUUCCGCGCUGUAUCCUCCUCGCGCCGGCACGGAGCCGUGCUGAGCAGCCUACCCAAGGCCCAGUUCGCCACACUCGGCAUUCGCUUCCCCCUGCCGAAGAAGGAAAAGCCCAAGGAGCCGGUGGAGACGGACAUUCGUAAGAACGUGGCCCGUCUGCAGGAGGCCGGGACCAUUCUCACCUCCGGAGACGUGCCAAUGGGCGAGCCCCUGCAGCCGCGUCUGCCCCCCCUUCGCGACCAGCUCCUUUUUUCCUCGUCCCUCAUGGAGGAAAUCAGUGCCAUGCCGCGCGACUCGAACACCAUGGCCCCCAGCACGACCCUUCCGCGGACCACGGCGGCAGUCCUACGCGCCCAGGCCAUCCUCUCCAGCGGGCUGCUGGACACUCGCGUCCGGGAUCUGGCCUCCGCGGCCCCCGGCAGCGUGCCCUAUGCCGACAUCAUCAGCCGCAUGGUCAAGGACACCGAGCGCGCGCAGCUGGUCGUCAGUGAGCGGACCCCUCUCCAGCAGUGGCUCUACUCCCGCGUUGCCCUUUUCGGGCCGUCCACUGUUCACUUUGUGUCCGGCAGCGCCGAGGAAGAGAAGCUUCUCUCGGCCCGGUGCAUUGCCGAUGGCACCAUGAAGCCGCUGAACCCGAAACUCCGGCCCAACUGCUUCAUUGCCCUGACCGACGCGAAGGACGUGGCCCGCUCCGAGGAGUCGACUUUCGUCUGCCCGGUCGACAAGAAGAAUGCCGGACCGACCAACAACUGGCGCAGCCCGGUUGAAAUGAAGGCCGAGCUGAAGGCCAAAUUCAACAAGUGCAUGGAGGGCCGUACCCUCUAUGUCGUGCCCUUCCUGAUGGGUCCCAAGGGAUCGAAGCUGGCCCGCGUGGGUGUGCAGCUGACCGAUUCCCCGUAUGUCGUGUUGAACAUGAAGCUCAUGGCCCGCGUUGGCCUGGAUGUCUUGGAGAUGAUUCCCAGUGACUCGGCGGCUGCUGAUGCCGCUGCCCGGCACCCGCCCGAGCCGGCGCGCGACCCGUCCGCCAAGUUCCCCCAGCAGAAGCUCGGCUUUGUGCCUUGCCAUCAUUCGGUGGGUGUCCCUCUGCACGAAAGUUCCAAAUCCACCCCGUGGCCAUGCAACAUUGACAAGCGUGUGAUCGCUCACUUCCCUGACAGCCGGGAGAUUUGGUCCUUCGGGUCCGGGUAUGGCGGGAAUGCCCUACUGGGCAAGAAGUGCCUGGCCCUGCGCAUUGCCAGCGCCAUCGGCCGAGAGGAGGGCUGGUUCGCCGAGCAUAUGCUUAUCCUUGGCCUGACCAGCCCCACCGGCAAAAAGCACUACAUCGCCGCGGCCUUCCCCUCGGCCUGUGGCAAGACCAACUUGGCCAUGCUCCGGCCGUCGCUGCCCGGAUGGUCGGUCAGUUGCGUUGGCGAUGACAUUGCCUGGAUGCGCUUCGACAGCUCCGGCCAACUGCGUGCCAUCAACCCGGAGCGGGGGUUCUUCGGCGUGGCCCCAGGCACCUCGGAGCUGACCAACCCCUCGGCCCUGGCGGCCCUGCGCCGGGACACCCUCUUUACCAACUGCGCCACCACCAUGGACGGCGAUGUCUGGUGGGAGGGGCUGACGCCCUCCCGGCCGGAGGGGCUGACCACCUGGCAGGGGACCCCCGGUGGCACCCCCAACGCCUUCGAGUCCCUUGGCCCGGCGGCCCAUCCGAAUGCCCGGUUCACCGUGUCGGCCGAGCGCUGCCCCUCGCUGGACCCGGCCUGGCAGGAUCCGGAGGGGGUGCCCAUCAGUGCCAUUGUUUUUGGCGGCCGCCGGGCCAGCACCGUGCCUCUGGUGUACCAGUCCCGGAGCUGGGAACAUGGUGUUUUCAUGGGGGCCACCCUGUCCUCGGAGCGGACCGCCGCCGCCGAGGGGCAAAUGGGGGAAGUCCGGUUUGACCCGUUCGCCAUGCUGCCUUUCUGCGGCUACCACAUGGGCGACUACUUCCAGCAUUGGCUGGAAACCCCGCGCCGGCAGAAUGCCAAGCUGCCGCCGAUCUUCCAUGUGAACUGGUUCCGCCGUGGUCCAGGCGGCAACUGGCUGUGGCCCGGCUUCGGGGAGAAUGCGCGUGUGCUCCGGUGGAUCGCCGGCCGCAUCGAGGGCACUGCCAGCUCGCACGAGACCCCGAUCGGCUUUGUGCCGACGCUGGCCGAGCUGGGCGUGACCACGCCCCCGCCCCGACGCGCGGGCGGCGCGCACAUCGCUUCGGACGUCCUGCAGACCGUCGACGCCCAAGGCAACCCGCUGCUGAGCCUGGUCCCGGGCACCGAGGCCGAUCUGCUGCGUGUGGAUCGGGAUGAGUGGCGCGCCGAGGUGGAUCGCAUUGCCCGGCACUUCGAGACAUUCGGCGACCGGCUCCCGACCCAGCUGUCGCAGGAGCUGGAAACUCUGCGCACCCGGACCGGCUAAAGGCGCUCGAAGCAGCAACCGGGACCAGCUUGGGAGAUCUGGCGAUUGGCCACUGGGGGGAGAAGGCACCGCGUUGUCCAAUGGCUGCCCGGCCUCCUGCCUGAGGGGCGUGGCUUGGAACGCAAUCUCGCAAGGGCAAAGUAACAGAGAGACCAUGGCACCACCUGUCUCCCCCCCC